CCAACCAGAGCAGCCAGAGAGAAAGAGAGAGCAGCAGGGCAGAGACAGAGGGAGAUAGAACGAGAGCUGUGAUAGAAGAAGCUCAAGAACAGAAAUGGAUAUACACAUUAUGAGACAAUCUACAUAAUCACAGGCAAGCAAAAAGAUUUUUUUUUUUCAUUUUCAAGUGAAACAUAUGCAGUUGAUUUGAGCUAGGGUGAAUGCUGAGAGAGAACAAUAGACACGCUGAUACGCUGCUGAGGAAUACUAACAUGGAUGCCCAGCCGGACAACUGCGAGCCCCCACCAUGCGAUCCUCAGCCUCCAGGUAAAAUACGUAAGGCAUUGAAGCUGUUCAGCAAACGCAAGCCUGGCAGUGGAGUAGCUAGUAUCUUCUCUGUGCGCAUUAAAGGUGAAGGUGGACUCAAAUCACCCCCAUCAAGAAGCAAAACCCUGGAUGGAUUAACAGAGAUAGUGGCUCCAGAAGCAGAGGCAGAAUCAGUGGACCUAGACCAGGAUGCCAGCCACAAAGAGGAUGCUGCAUUGGCUGAGCCGACAAGCAUGAAGAAUAAUCUGGAGUCAGCCUCAACCAGACAAUCCAUAUCUUCUCUUACUUCUGCCAAAUCACUGAGCUUCCUUAGCAUGCUUCGGUGGAAUCGGAAGGGAGGAGGGGGAGAAAGAGAGACUCAAACUGAGUCUUACAGAUCUGGGCAGCAAAGAAAAGGCCUUAAAAGUCUGUUUGGAAGUGUACGUUGGCACAGGAAAGACAAGGAGGAGGAAGAUGAAGUCUUAACUUGUCCACCUCUCCUUGCAUCUCGUACUAAUAGUGUGGAAAUAAUGAAAGAAAACCUGACCCUGACUCCAAGACCUGAACGACACUCUACAGAUGAAUCAGAGAUUGAAAAACAACCCUCUCCAUCACAGGAUGACCAUGUCACUAAGGUGAGUGGAGCUGCUAAAACAUCAACUAAUGACAGACUGAGCAUGCUACUUGGAGAUAUCUCAUCUAUAUUGAGCUUGGACUCAUUAGCAGGCGGUGGUGAUAUUGUUGCUGAUGUAGAAGCAGAAUGGGUCAAAGUCAGUAGUCGUGUGGAGAAAAAGGAUAGCACAUGUGAAACUAUGAAAAAGGAGAAGGCUUUUUUAGCUCCUAAACCUACACUUUCUGAUGCACCUUACCUUAACUCUAGUUCCAUUAUACCCUCUUCUACAGAAAAUAUCAUUUCAUCACCUAUACCACCCAAACCCAUACCUAGCCCUACAACAAAACAAACACUUUCACCUCCCUGUACUCCAAGCCCUACUACUUCAACUAAAUCUACCCCAUCCAAUAUAUCUCCCUCUACAUUCAAGCCUACAACAAAACCUCUCCUAGCCACUGUACUUAGCCAUGAUUUGUCCUCGAUUCCAUCACCAAAUAUCAUACCUGUCCAUAUUACUGUCCCUAUAUCCCAUCCAACUACAACCUUAACUAUUUCAACCAAACCUACCCUCACUCCUAGUUCUCCACUUACCCCUGAGCCAUCACCUAAACCUUCCCCCACACUUUUCCCUGCCUAUUCCCCUGCUACUGUUUCUAAAUCUUUUAUCUCAAUCACAGAAAAAGCUCCAGAGCCUGCUGCUGCUUUUGCCAUCAUAACUGAGCCCACUCUUGCCCUGAGUCCAACAACCACACCAAAUGCUGCUUCCACACCCAUAACAAGGCCCAUUCAUUCCAUAGCUCAGGAUACUAAGCACAGUAGUGCUCCAGUAACCAAAUAUCCUCCAUUCAUCACAUCAACCAAGCCUGUUCCAACUGCUCCAGUGAUCAGACCCAAAAUUGUAACUACAUUUGGAUUAUCAACUAGCCGCAACACUGCACCUAUCAUCAAACCUGAGCCUAAGCAGUCUGCUCAUCAAAAUAAAUCAGGUCCCUUACAGACUGAAAAUGGGUCAGGGUCAGUCGGCAAAAAGAGUUCACUUUCAGAAGAUGGAGCUCCUUAUGUUGCUAAACAUUUGUUUGUAGCUAGCAAUCAGCCAACCAUCACAACUUUAUCUGCUACCUCGGAACCCGCCCCCAAUAAGACAGAACCUGUUCAUACUUCUGUACCUUCUGGGUAUUCCCUGCUGCCAACCUUGUCAAACAGGCCUGCUCCAAACAUUGCACCUUGUUGUGUGCCAAGAGGAGAAAAAGGGCCGGAAGAUGUGGCAAGCCCAGGAGUGGUAGAAGACACCCAAAAUGCUACUUCUUUCAAGCCAGAAAAGAAAACCCUAAUUAUUAAGCCCACAACUCUCAGUAAGAUCCCUGUGAGUGGUGGAGGGAAGUCAAAACAGCACCACAAAAAUGCCCAAUCUAAUAGUGAAGAGAGACAUUUGAACCUCCCAACACCAGUGCAUGAAGAGGAGACCCUGACUUCUCUCUCCCGGGAAAGCAGCAGCAAGGAUGCCCUGAGUGACCUGUCUACUGAAUCAGGGGCCAUAACUCCUGUCCUAUUCUACAGCAAUGAAGAUAUACUAAACUCAGCAGCCCCCUCAAUGGGGACAGUCAGCAUACACAGAGAGUCCAAAAUUCCCAUCAAACAUGGUUCUACAGCAACGUACCACUCAUUGCAAGGGAAGACAGAGGUAGUACGCUCCAAGAUCCCUGUUUCUAAAGUUCCUGUCCGCCGGAUUAGCAAUAAGCCUGGGCCCACUUCCACAGCUGCGGCCACACGAAAAUAAUGGACUGUUGUAUGCAAUAUUGCAAAACAAACAAUAUUUAAUUUACAACUGUUCAGAAUCUUCUCAUAUUUGGACAUGGAUCACCAUGAUUUUUCACAGACUCUUGGAUUAGACACACUGGCAUAAUACAGGGUUUUGUACUGUUAUAAUGGACUGACCUGCAUAUCUGUGUUUACAGCUCUGUAUGUACUGGCUAUUUCAUUUCACAUUGUACCACUUCAAAAGCCAGAGACACUAUAUAUGUAACAUUUAUGAAUUUAGAAAGCUUUGUGCCACCAAGGAGAGAGAGAUCAACUAAAAGCCAGUUGGGAUUAUCUCUAUGGUAACAUAACAUGUAAACAGCAAGGCAGACACUGAAGCACAACAGCUCUUGCCUAAGAACUGUAGCCAUGUAGACAUUGCUUAAUAUUAACUCAAGGUAGCACUUCAUAAUCCAUCUAAAAUGGAAUGUCAGUUAUGUGGUGUUUAACCUGGUCUAAACCAUCAGAGGGGUAAAGUGCCAUGAAUUAUUGGUGCUUUUUUCCUGCUACACAUAAUUUUCUAAUGGUAGCCUUUGUUAUAUGUAUUUUGCAGAUGUUUUGGUUCUUAACCUUUUAGUGAACAUUGUGGAUACACACAUUGUGUUUUUCUCUCUUGGAACUGUCCAUCUUAUACAAAAAAUGUGCAAAAUAUUUCUCUCCUACAUACUGUAACAGAAGGAUAGGAAAUCACAUAGUAUGUAGCAGAAUGCAUGUCCUACUUUUACACUACAGGAGAAAUUGUGCUCCUUUUCCUUUCUCUACACACUUUUUUCUUCUUACAUGUGCUGACAACACACUGCCUGUAAGCAAAAUUUUAAGUAUUAGUCAGUGAAGGAUGCUUUAUGGAUCUGAUUCUUGGGACUUACUGGAUUGAUUAUCCAUUUGACUUGAGUGCAAACUAGGUAAUUUAUUUAAAGAAAUAAAACCACUGAUAGAGUAGUCUAGUUGUUGAUAGAGUAUGGUUGAUGAAGCCUUCAGUCACACUAAGGAUGAACUAAUGCUGUGUGCAUGAGAUGAGUAGUAGAACAUUGUUGUG